CCAGAAAUGAACACGGAAACCUCAACUCAAUCGGCGCCCAGUGACACCUACGACACCAGCAUCUACUACAACUCGAGUCCACGUGUCACCGCAAAUGACAUCACCACACUGACAAGUUUCGCUGCGCCAGCUCCACAAGUUCUUGAUUAUGCCAAUACGCAGUAUGAUAUCUAUAGAAACCAGCCAGCUUACUACCUCCCGUCCUAUGCUCCAACUGCACCUACCACUUUCUACUCGGAUUUCGCCAAUUUCAAUGUGACCAGAUCUCAAGAUUUCGCAUCAGUUCCAGCCGUGGCCAACUCGUCAGACGUGAAGCCAAUCAUUAUCAAACAGGAAAAGAGCACACCAAAUGCCACAGAGCUCAUAAUUCAGAGCCGAGUCGACAGUCAACAUGAGGACACUACAACGUCUACUGCUGGCGGAGCCGGUGUCGGUGGACCGCGGAGAACCAAAUUCGUUCUUUCAGUGGACAGACGGAAGGCGGCAACAAUGCGUGAGAGACGGCGUCUUCGGAAAGUCAACGAAGCUUUUGAAGUUGUGAAGCAAAGAACGUGUCCGAAUCCGAAUCAACGUCUUCCUAAAGUCGAGAUUCUCAGAUCAGCAAUUGAUUAUAUCAAUAAUCUAGAAAGAAUGCUGCAACAAGCCGGAAAAAUGACAAAGAUUAUGGAGCAGAACCAGCAUUUGCAGAUGACACAGCAGAUUAAUGGAGCUCCACCUCACGAUUAUGUGACUUCCUCUCACUUUGCAUCGAGCUCUUACAAUCCAGAAAAUAUGUUUGACGAUGAUGAUUUGACGGAUUCGGACGACGAUAGAGAUCAUCAUAAGCUCGGGAACGGUGAGCUCCUUCUUAAAACUAACGGUCGAUCUGCGUCGGCGAAACUCUUUGGACAGAUUGUCGCGGAUCGUUGCGAGCAUUCCCAACGAGGAAGCAAUGACCGACGAACAACUCCUCCAACCAGCAAAUGAUGUGAUUGAUGGGGAGAAAAAACUUGAGAUGCUCUGAAUAAUUUGCUCAAUUUUUAAUUCAUUUCACUUCCUUAAUUAUUUAUUAAAAUUGAAUAUUGAAUUCUUAUAAAGUCAGAAUAAUCG